AUGUCAAGCGACUACGAGAGGUACAAUCUGGGCGAUUUCAAACUACAAAGUGGUGACGUCUUGCCGGGAGCAUGGAUAGCAUUUAAAACUUUCGGUCCCGCCGGCUCUGGCUUACCAGCAGUUCUCUAUCCGUCCUGGUAUUCUGGAAGCAUAGCUGACAAUGAAUGGCUCAUCGGCGAAGAUAAGACGCUGAAUCCCCAGAAAUACUUCAUUAUCAUCCCGGCCCUUUUUGGGAAUGGACAGUCCAUCUCUCCCUCCAAUUCGAACAUUGCUCCUUUCCCAAACAUCACCUUGUAUGACAAUGUCAGAGCUCAGCAUCAACUCUUGACGCAAAAGCUAGGAAUCAAUCACCUUCGCUGCGUGCUGGGAUGGUCGAUGGGAGCAGCCCAGUCCUUUCAGUGGGCCACACAAUAUCCCGAUUUUAUGGAUACCUGUGUGCCUUUCUGCGGCGCGGCUAAGACUUCCAUCCACAAUCAAGUCUUUCUUGAAGGCGUGAAAUCAGCAUUGUUGGCCGCGAAAGGCGCUUCCUCGGCUGGGAGUACAUUUGGCCGGAUCGAGACGAAGGGAUCGGAGAAUCGUACCUGGACGGACGAGGAAAAGACGGUUGGUCUGAAAGCCUUUGGUCGAGGUUAUGCGGGCUGGGGAUUCAGCCAGGCCUUUUAUCGUCAGAAACUCCAUGAAACGGCUUAUGGGGCCAAAAGUCUGGAAGAUUUCAUGGUAAAUUUCUGGGAGUCUUGGGCAUUAAGCAAGGAUCCUGAGAAUCUGCUUGUGAUGCUGCAUACGUGGCAAGCGGGAGAUGUCAGUCAACAAGAGCCAUACAAUGGUGAUUUUGAAAAGGCCAUGGCCAGUAUCAAAGCGAAGACUUGGGUCCUUCCGAGCAAGACUGACUUAUAUUUCCCACCAGAAGACUCGGAGUAUGAGGUGGAGUGUAUGGCACCUGGAGUUGGCACGUUGGACGUCUAUCCAUCUGUCUGGGGCCACUGGGCAGGUGGUCCGCCCGGCAACAUGGAAGACGUCCAAUGGCUGGAUGAGAAGCUGGCCAAGCUGUUUGCUGAGGCUCCCGAGUUAGGCUGA